UGGGUGCCAUAGCAACCAUGUAGGAAACAUUGAUGUUAGCUAGCUAAGACAGAACAGGCUAACUCUGGUUUGUUGUGCUAGCGUCAAACUAGACGUCGUAGAUACUUAAAUAUACGAUUUAGCGUUUUUCAGCCAAGUUAUGUCGCACUUUUAUCAUCUGCCUUGCAUCAUCGCUCACGUUACUUGGUUGUCACUCUGCUACAGACUUUAAAUAUGGAUGCUGAAGACUGCAAUGGCCAGUCUUACACAUCAGCAGGUGGAGACUCUUCAAUGGAAAGGGAGUUUACGGGGGCCCUUGGAGGUCCGACAGUGAGCACCCCAAAUAGCAAAGAAGCCUCUCCAAGUCGCUCCCUUAGUGCCAACUCCAUUAAAGUGGAGCUGUACAGUGAUGAAGACCUAGGCCGCAGUACUGAAGAUGAGAGAGGAGAGCGGAUUGAGGAAGGAGGACCAGAGCAUGGUCCUGAGUCAGCUGGAGGCUACAGGGAGCCCACCAACCCUGAGAGUAUACCCCCUGGGGGCACAAGAACACCAAAUGGAAAGCUCAUGUGUGACAUCUGUGGAAUGAUCUGCAUUGGGCCUAAUGUUCUCAUGGUACACAAACGCAGCCAUACAGGUGAGCGACCAUUCCAGUGUAACCAGUGUGGCGCCUCCUUUACUCAAAAGGGUAACCUGCUCCGCCACAUCAAGCUGCACUCAGGGGAGAAGCCCUUUAAAUGUCCCUUUUGCAGCUAUGCCUGUCGACGAAGAGACGCGCUUACUGGCCACCUCCGCACUCAUGCAGUGUCUUCUCCUACUGUUGGAAAACCGUAUAAGUGCAGUUAUUGUGGCCGUAGUUACAAGCAGCUGAGCACCCUGGAGGAGCACCGUGAGCGCUGCCACAGCUACUUACAGAGUGUGGAGUCACAACAGCCAUCCAGUGCACAGAAUCAAGAUGAGGAGAUGAGAGAGCUAGAGUAUAUACCAGACUCUCUACUGCAACCCUCCUCAGACAAGAUGGCAUUUAUCGAUCGGCUCGCCAACAGUAUCACCAAGCGCAAGAGAUCCACACCACAAAAGUUUGUAGGACAGAAGCACAUACACCUCAACCUGGCAGAUGCACCUUAUGAGCUCAGUGCUGGUUUGGAUAAAGACAGAAAGAUGCACACAGGGGACUUUGAAGCUCCGCACUUUACCGGUCUGGGAGGAGAAUACGUAGGUGUAACAGGUAACGGAGGAGACACAUUAAGGCCACUACACCUUCCCACAACUAACCCUUCCUGUUUGUCAGAACUUAAACCGAUCCACAGCUCUAUUCACCCCUCUUUGGCUCUUGGUCCGAGGUUGGAUUGCACAGGUACUGGAGCAAGGAUGGGAAAUGCUGGUGUAGGAGGGAGGGAGGCAGCGGAGGGUCAUGAGGACCUGCCAGCAGCACGAAGUCAUGCACCCUCCCCUAGCAAUGGCUGCCAGGACUCUACUGACACAGAGAGCAUGCUAGAUGAGCCAUGCAACAGCACCGCGCCUGCUCCCCACCUGCACAGCAACAAUGGCCACCAUGUCCUCUACUCCAACAACCAUCACUCGGCACCUCCUCCCAUCGCACACCACAGGAGUCGGGACAGGCACAGUCCCAGCCACGCCAAAGACAGGGAGGUGGACAGAGAGGAAGGAGUUCAAUCAGCUCUCCCGGCCCCUGCCCUUGCACCAACUCCUAGCUCACCUACAGCACCCUCCUCCACCUCUAGAGAGGCUUUUCGGGUGGUGGAUGGGGAGGGUCGAGCUGUGCGAUCUUUCCGCUGUGAGCACUGCCGUGUGCUUUUCCUUGACCACGUCAUGUUUACCAUCCACAUGGGCUGCCACGGGUUUCGCCAGCCUUUCGAGUGUAACAUCUGUGGCCACCGCAGCCAGGACCGCUAUGAAUUUUCUUCACAUAUUGUCCGCGGGGAGCACAUCCUGGAUUGAGGACAAAGGGUGGACAUUCUACUUCAGAUCAAGCUGUUAUUACACUGAGACAAGGACCUGGCUGAGUUUGAUCUGCACCCUGAUGACAGAAAAACAAUUAUUGAAGACUUCAUAGAGGCUCUGACACUAUUAGCAUUGAUGUUAAGCUUAUAUGUGGAGUUCUUCAUUUAUAAUAGUGUUCCUCAAUAUUCUUAUUGCACUUUGAACAAUUAUCCAUUUAAAUUGCACUUUAAUAGAAUCAAAUGUAAUCAAAAGUAGACAAAGAGCCAAAGCCCCUUUCAUCUGCACAUGUGCCUUGCUCUGAAAUGCAGGACUCAAACCUGAUGCACAAAUUACAGUUGAAAAAUCUGACUUUUGUCCAGAACCUGAAAACUUUCACUUUUAAUGCACUUUAACAGAGAUCAGAUAAAGAAAAAAGAUCAAAUAAAGAAAUUUGAAUGCCUUGCUCCUUAUUUAACUUAUCUAAUAAAAUGAUUCUGAAAUCAAAGUUUCAGGAAACAAGUUUUUUUCCCUACUUGGCGUUGAUUCCGUACAAUAGAAUAGAAAACUAAGCUUUACAAAAUGUGAGAUGCAGUGCAGACCAAACUCAGAGACCAGGUCCAAGUCGACUGGAUGUGUUUGAAGGGACGUCCAUGAAUUAAACUGCACUUUUGUUUUUAACGGGGUCGGGGUGGACAGAUCUGAGUGUGUGUGAGUGUAUGCGAGAGAGGGGGAUCAUGUGACGCCCUGUGUUUUUGGAAGUACAUUUGAAUCAGAAUGGUGGAAAAUGAAGGCCUUUGUGUGUGAAUGCUAUGUAAAACAGUGUAUGAAAUGUUUGUGUUUUCUUUUCUGUGACUGCUUUGGUUGCACUGAUACCUGCCACAAUACUUUAAUUAUAUUAAACUAUUUUAUGAAGUACAUUAAUGACCUGCACAUUUCUCUUCAAAUAUGAGAAAAACUGAUAGAAAGGUUUUCUCUCUAGGAAUGGGGUACGAGUUUCACUGCCACAGUUUUAGAGAUUACUGAAGAGGUUGAGAUCUUUUCAAGUCUUAAACAUUUUCCCUUUUAAACUGACAAACUGAAAACUAACACUGAUCUAUUUAUGCUUUAUUUAAAAAUGAUUUCGUUUUUUUUCUAUCUCAUUGUAUUGUGCCUUUCUUCGCCCGGAUCACACCUUGUUGACCGGGCUGAAGGACAUAAACCACAGUCAUAUCAUAAACAGAUCAUUGUGGGUGAUUUUAGUGAUCAUGAGUCACAAAAUUGCUUUAAGAGUUUAAACUAAAGGUUCUGACGUAUUGCUCUGCACAAUCAUUAUCUUCUCCCAUUAAACUUAACACCACCACUGCUUUUCCUUAAUGAACUGGUAAAGAACAGUUCUGCUAAUUUAUCAAAGACUUAAUGUGCAUGGCACUUGGCACAAGCUGCUGUGACUGCUGUGAAUGAGUGCAUCGUGGUGUGACAGUGAACUACCGUCCUAAUUCAAAAUAAGUUUUAUUUGAAUUUUGUUGGAACUGUUUUUUUAGUCAAUGCUGUCCCCUUUCACAGAUGUGUCAGAAGGGGGGCUUUUUUAAAAGAAAAUUGGGUUUUGUCAUGUUUGAUCCAUGAUAAAUAAGUCUGUCUUGGUUUCAUGGUGCAGAGAUGAAGUAUAUGGCCAGAGAGCUGUUUCAAUUAAACAAGCCCUUUUAGCUUUUCA